AUUACAAAUCUGCUCUGUGACGUUAACCUAACAAUUUAAACUUGGAACGUAAAUAAACUUGAUUUACUGCAAAUGUUAUUUAAAAUUCGUUGCUGUUCAAGUUAAACAAACCAAAUAAUUAUUUUUUGCAUGUUUAUUCAGUUUCUGUACUGUAAAAUGCUACAUGACCUAUGAUUCGUUCCAGACUUAAUAUGCUUACUCACUUUAAAUGUAGAGCAGGAUUUUACCCUCGAUCAAAUAUUAAACGAGAUAAUGUUCCUGAUGAUAAAGUUUCAUGGGAUACUGAAUUCAAAAUAUAUAAUCCACCUGAUUACAGUUCACCAUCUAUUAAAGGAAAACCUUGGGCUGAUCCUGAAAUAGAUGCAAAAUCUGACUUUAAGCCUAAAUGGAAUUAUAACGAUGGAUGUGUAAACCGUAAAAGUCACACUGGGAAUUAUAAAGUUUUAAAUGGCUUUCCAUUAAAUCCUGUUGGACGUACUGGAAUAACUGGUAGAGGAGUGUUAGGAAGAUGGGGGCCAAAUCAUGCUGCUGAUCCAGUUGUAACAAGGUGGAAACUAGACCAUAGUAAUCGGCAGAUUCUUCAAUUCAUAGCCAUUAAACGGAGAGACACUGGAGAAUGGGCUCUUCCCGGUGGAAUGGUUGAUCCUGGAGAGAAAGUCUCAGCUACAGCUAUUAGAGAAUUUCAAGAAGAAGCAUUAAAUACUUUAGAAGCUUCUGAAGCUGAAAAGGAAUGUUUGAAAGAGAAAUUUAAGGACUUCUUCAGUGGUGGCAGUGAAAUAUAUAGUGGAUAUGUUGAUGAUCCUCGCAAUACUGACAAUGCCUGGAUGGAAACUGUUGCAUACAAUUUCCAUGAUAAUGAUGGUUCCAUUGUUGGAGAAUUACAAUUAAAUGCAGGAGAUGAUGCAGUAGGAGUUUGUUGGGUAGACAUUACGUCUGACUUAAAAUUGUAUGCAAGCCAUAAAGAUAUUGUUGAUUCUGUUUUAGCUAGGCAUGUUACUACCAAUUGAAAAGAAUGGACAUAUUAUUUUAAAAGAAUAAUAAUAAAUAAAUAAAAAACUGAUAAUUUAUUAA